ACCCUAGGGCGCUGUGGCAGUGCUACCUGCACAAAUUACCUGCUUGAAUUACACCGGAAAUAGGAAGUACGCCAAUAAUCCUGCGCACAGAGGCUGUAAUUAUCAUGACAUUCCAGUUAUCAAUAACCAGUUUUAUCUCCAACAAUAAACAAUGUAAAACGGCCAAGGACUGGAGUUUGACACGUCUGCUAGAGUCUAAAUGGCUGCACCAAAACGUUGUGCCUCCGACGACAAUGAGUUCCUGGACGGAACCAGCAGCUUCAAGAAGUCGUGUCCGGGUGGCAGCAGAACCAGCAGCUCCAAGAAUCCUGGACACGUAGCUGCUCUGAUUCUGGCCCGAGGUGGAAGCAAAGGGAUCCCGCUGAAGAACAUCAAGACUCUGGCUGGGGUCCCCCUCAUCGGCUGGGUGCUGAGAGCGGCUAUUGACUGUGGGAAGUUCGACAGUGUCUGGGUGUCAACAGACCACGAUGAGAUUGAAAAAGUUGCCAAAUCCUGGGGGGCCAAAGUCCACCGCAGGAGCCCAAAAGUCUCCAGGGACUGUUCCUCUUCCCUGGAGACCAUAAACGAGUUUAUCGAGAAAAACCCAUACGUGACGGUGGUCUGUAACAUCCAGGCUACGUCUCCGUGUCUCCACCCAUCGCACUUACAGGAGGCCCUGAAGAAGAUCACUGAGGACAGAUUUGACUCAGUCGUCUCUGUGGUCCGGAGACACCAGUUCCGCUGGAAGGAGGUCAAGGAGGGAAGUGACCAAUGCACUCAGCCGGAGAAUCUGGACCCUAAGAAUCGUCCGCGGCGUCAGGACUGGGAUGGAGAGCUCUAUGAGAACGGCUCGUUUUACUUCGCCACCACAGACAUCAUCAUGAAGAAGGGAAGCAUGCAGGGCGGUAAGGUCGCCUACUUUGAGAUGGAGCCGCAGCACAGCGUGGACAUCGACAUAGACAUCGACUGGCCCGUGGCAGAGCAUAGGGUCCUCAGGUACGGUUACUUCGGCCGGGGAGUGUCCAUGAUGUUCUGUAAGGUCUCCGGAUGUUUGACCGAUGGAAAGGUCUUUCUGUCCGUGUCUGGAGAGGACUCGGUCUCUAUCCACACUAGAGACACAGCAGGGCUCAGGAUGCUGCAGAAAGACGAUGUGAAGGUGGUGGUGAUGAUCUCAAAGGAGGAGCUUCUGAUGAAAUCGCUGAUUACAAAACUGGAGAAGAUGACUGGCUGUAAGGUCAUGACGGUCGGAGAGGAUCCACUGAAGGAUGUGCAGUCGGUAGUGGAGAAAAAUAAGCUAGACUGGAAGGAUGUGGCCUACAUGGGAAACGAUGCGGCAGACGCCAGCUGUCUGAAACUGGCCGGUCUGAGCGCAGUACCUGCAGACGCUCCACCAGAAGCCGCUCAAGCUGCCAAGUACACCUGCAAGAACGCCGGAGGGGGGGGAGCCGUGAGAGACUUCGUUGAACACGUGUUGCUGCAGAAGGAGCAGGUCAAAGCCCAGAUGAAGCAGGACCGGAUCGACCGCAACAACUUCUGAUAGCAGCCUACAGGAACGACAGUCAUUAGGGCACAUUUAUAGGAAGCUCAGGGACAAUGAUCACCAUGAGCAGCUCUGCAGAAUCACAGUGGCUUAGAAAACAUACAGUGUUCAGAGUCAGACGUGUCGUUACAGAGAACAUCAUCUUGUCUUUGCUGCUGAUUCUUAUCACUAAAAGCUGAACAUCAUCUUGUCUUUGCUGCUUAUUCUUAACACUAAAAGCUGAACAUCAUCUUGUCUUUGCUGCUGAUUCUUAACACUAAAAGCUGAACAUCAUCUUGUCUUUGCUGCUUAUUCUUAUCACUAAAAGCUGAACAAUUCAAAUUUCCUUAAACAUGACCCUUUUGUGUCAGGAUAUAAAAACCAAUUGAUGACAAACGAAGACUGAUCACUACCUAAUCACAGGGAUAAAUGGGAAUACUUAAAAUAUAAAAUACGUCAAAUUUCCAUCUCUUAUAGUAAAGUCUUAAGGUAAUAUAAUAAACAAAAGGAAGCAGGCAUUGUAAGAGAAACACACAAUAUUAGUAAUAAAACUACUACUAAAUAAAGACGACAAAAAUGAAUCCUUUUACUUCUCAUUAGACAAUAUUUAUAUUAAUAAAACCAAGGGAAACCUAGAUCCAGUCUAAAGCAAAAUGGAGGGAGGAGGGAGAAAGAAGUUCAGCAUAUUUCUGCAGGCUAGAAAAAGGAAGACAGGAACGUCAUACAAUUAAGAAACUGAUCAUUGAUAAUCAGGAAUGCACUGAUCCAGUUAGGAUCUCAAAGAAAGUUUUCAGAUUUUAUAGCCAACUGAACUCCUCUUCUUAUUCUAAUGCAGAUGCAGAGAAACUCUUUGAGUCUAUUAGAGAACAAAUCCUUACUGUCGAUGAGUGUUUUAAGAUUUAUGUGAUGCAGAAAUCUCAAUGGAGGAAGUAGAAAAAGCAUUGAAAUGUUUAGCUUUAGACAAAUCUCCAGGUUCAGAUGGCCUAAUGAGUAACUUUAAAGACACUUCUAGAUUAAUCUAAAAGAUCUAAUGUUCAAAAUGCUUAAAGAAAUCUCUACAAUGUUUAUUCUACCAACCACAAUGAAGCAAGGAGUCACAUCUCUGAUUCACAAACCUGGAAAGGAUCCAAAAAUAAUUGACAAUCUUCGCCCCAUAACUCCACCAAACAAUGAUUACAAAAUAUUUAACCCAUAUAUAUGUAAAUAAAUUAAAAAGUGGUAUCACUGAUAUUAUCUCAGACACACAAUCGGGUUUCAUUAAGGGAUGUUCAAUUCACAACAUACGACUUGUAUUUGAAUAACUUGUUUACGACCUAAUAGAAGAUGAUGGCUUCGUUCUAUUUUCAGAUUUCUUGAAAGCCUUCGACAUGAUUGAACACUAAUUAAUGUUUCGCACCCUAGAUCUCUUUGGAUUUUGUAAACGCUUUACGCAGUUAAAAGCAAAACAGGCAAAACAUUGGAAAAACUUUCAGUGAUGUUGGAGUUUCAAGCAGCUGUUCUUCCUGAAAGGAUAAAAGUAGGAUGUAUGUGUUUUCCUGUUAGGCCACUUAUCCCUCCUCCUCUAAGAUGUUAUAAGUGCCAGAGAUAUGGACUUAUCACAGCAGCAUGUAAGGGAAACAAAGAUGUAGGAGCCAUUUAUGUUCUUGGUGUUGGGUUAUAGUUGGAUUUAUUUUACUUGGUUUGUUUUGGGUGGUGUUUUCACGCUGGUUUACACACUGAUCUAUAUUUCAUUCUACCACUGGUGGCGGUGUGGGGUGAAAGUUAUAUAGGUGCAGAGGUGAGAAGGCAGAAGGUUUGGGUGAGGGAUGGUCCUACGGUUUUUACCGCUCUGUUGGCCAAGCCUAGCUUUUAUUGGUGGUCUUGUGUUGUGUUAGAGCUCAGUAGAUUAAGUAAUCAAACAUCACAAGCUGUUCAAUAAAUGGGAGCAUUCCCCAACAUA